CGGGGUUAAUGUCACAAGACCGAGGCGCGAGUACCACCCGCCCACAACGCUCACGCGACACCAACUUGCAAGAAAUCAAGGCUGGUGCACUGCGGCUGGACCUAUCAAAAGGAGGAAACAUGGAAAUUUCAUUUGCGAACAAACGGGCCUUGGUCACUGGUGCUGGCAAAGGAAUUGGCAGGGAUACAGCCAAAGCUCUAGUCAAGGGUGGAGCAGCGGUGAUCGCAGUCAGCCGCACACAGUCUGACCUGGACAGCCUCAAAGCAGAGUGUCCAUCCAUUAUUCCAAUCUGUGUAGAUCUUUCUAACUGGGAAGCUACUGAAAAGGCAUUAAAUGCCAUAGGCCAUGUAGAUCUUUUGGUAAACAAUGCAGCAGUCGCCAUUCUGAAGCCUUUUUUGGAAGCCACGCAAGAGGAUUUUGAUAAGUCAUUUGAUGUCAACGUGAAAGCAGCUUUCCAUGUAGCACAGAUUGUUGCUCGUGAAAUGAAGGUUAGAGGAACAGGUGGAAGCAUUGUCAACAUCUCCAGCCAAGCAUCUCAGGCUGCCAUUAAAGACCAUGCGGUUUACUGUGCAACCAAGGGUGCUUUAGACAUGCUGACUAAAGUGAUGGCUUUGGAACUAGGCCCUCAUAAGAUCCGAGUGAACUCUGUGCACCCCACUGUCGUGCUGACUGCUAUGGGACGCUUUAGGUGGGAGGACCCAGAAAAUGCCAAAUAUAUGAUUUCACGAAUACCACUCGGGAAAUUUGCAGAGGUUGAAGAUGUUGUAAAUGCCAUCUUGUUCCUUCUCAGUAAUAAGAGUUCCAUGAUAAAUGGGGCCUUGUUGCCGGUAGAUGGUGGAUUCCUUGCAUCCUGAAGCUGAUCCCGAAACAGAUAUUGUCAUGUUACUAACUGAUGAAGUUGUUCUACCAAAUCUAAUUUUACAACAUAAUUUGUACUCUUAAGAGGUAAUUUGAUAAAUUACUAAAUGCUAUUGUAA